AAUCAACAAUUUUUGUUGUCUUUCCAAUUGAAUCUACCAAUUCAUACAGUGUAUUAUGUGAUCAAAGUAAACAGGGACUAAAUUCAUAAAUCAAUUAUUCAUCUCUAUGUGAUAAAAAUUUUUAGUAGAAAAACUUAAUACAGUAUUAAAGGUGAACACUUCCUAAAAGUAAACAUUAGCUACAACGUAGGAUCAGCCACAUAUAUGCAUCGGUCCAAGUUGCACAAGAUGAACACCGAAUUCAUAGAAGUAGUCACUUCAAUCGUAGUAAUGUAUAACAGAAAGUUCGUAGAAACAAAGAUAUGAAGUGAUUUUAAUCUCAUGGUUUAAGGGAAAAACAGCGAGUGUAUACAGCUACGCCAUUGUGAUCGAUCCUGAAACAUGUCAUCCACAGUCACCAACCACUGUUAAUGAUAGUCGCGUGGACAUCAGCAAAGUAGUCUGCAUCCACGAACGUGGCUCACACCAGAAGUUGGUGACUGCAUGGAUUGAUGCCACCUUUUGUUUCGGCAGCCCCUAACUUUCUUCCAUUCGUCUACAACACUAGUCAGCAUUGCGCGUCGUGGUAAUCGGUGUUCAGGCACACGUAGCACGUCGUCCGACCAUCUCAGUCGAUGAGAAUUCACAACCUCAUCAACUGAUUUAACAUUAUUCCCUAAUACCCUGUGUCUCACCUCACUAUUACUUACCCGGUGAUCACAGCAGAUGGGAGCAAUAUUUCUAAGAUAUGUGUGGUUAAAUACUAGUAACUUACGAGCAUCCUCUACCAUUAACGGACACAGUUCGCAACCGUAAAGUAGGACAACAGAACGAACUGCCGUGCAGUAAACUCCCCUCUAUUUGACAGACGAAUAUCUCUCCUUCGCCACAGGUGAUGUAACUUGGCAAAAACAAACGAGAUUUUUGAAUCCGUGCACAGAUUUCGUAAGACAUCAACACAUUAGGGAUGAUCAGACUUCCAAGAUAGAUAAGUGAAGUUGCUGACGCACUCGACCACUUCACUCCCUAUCCUUAAUUCAGGUGAUGAUGCAGGCCAGUCAGUCCUGAAGCAACAACAUGAAUUUAGAGGGGGAGAAGCGCAUCCCAAACAUUCUGGCAUUGUUGCUCAGUGCUACCAAAACACUCUGCAUUUUAUCAGCGUCUUCAUCAAACAGGACUAUGUCAUCUGCGUAUUCCAAUUCGAUAAGUGGACCUCGUGGUAGGAGAUCAAUGCCCGAAAAUUCAGUGGAUGAGAGCAUUAUUUGCAUUAGUAGGUCUCUGAUGAAAUUGAACAAAAAUGGAGGAAGUGGACAGUCUUGACGGACACCACUUGAGGUUGCAAAAUCAGAUGACAGUUCACCAUAUGUUCCGACUCGACUGUUAGUGUUUGAGUAAAGAGCCUUUACGUCUGCAUCCGGUUCUCCUUGUUAAACAGGUACAUAAAGUAUUCCAUAUUUUUCAGAGCUUUUCCAUCGAGUGUGAUUAGGUUGAUGUUCUCCCUACUGUAUUUGAGAACCUUGCUUUUUCCUUGAUAUAUAAUGAGGCCUACUGACGCAGAGGCUGCUGCUUCAGUAAGUGUGUUCAUCUGAAUUUGGGAUAGAAGGGCUAGAUCAUCUGCGAAACCCAAAUCUUUAAUUGAUUCUGAUCUAUCCAUUGUAUUCCGUGCUUUCCCUCAGAUGUCGAGGUCUUGAUAAUUCAGUCAACCAUUAGAAGAAAGAGGAAGGGGAAGAAUAGACAGCCUUGUCUGACUCCGGUCCCUACUUGAAAUGGAUUCAUGCUUGACUUGCAGUCCGUCUUAUGAGUUCCGGAUAAUAUUGUCAAUCUUCUCAGAGACUCCAUAGUGUCGAAGAAGUUUCCAUAAAGUUCUCUUGUCCACAUUGUCAAAUGCUUUCUCAUGGUCAAUGAAGUUGAUGUUUAGUGACGAGUUCGAUUCAAUCGAUUGUUCAACGAUGAUCCAAAGUGUUGUAAUUUGGUCUGUGCACGAACGAUCCUUACGGAAUCCAGUUUGGUUCGAAUCCAUCAACUAAAUACUUUUAACCAAAGGAAAAAAUUUCUGCUAUAUGGUUAUUAAACAUAUUCCCAAAUAAACUGCUUAUCACUGUGAUUCAAUCGAAAAACUUUUCAAUUACUGAUUUAUUUAUCAUACAUGUCAUAUGAUGACAAUAAAAAUAACCUUCAACCACAGGGUGUAAUCAGUCAUCAUUACUUAUUUGUAUAAACUAGAAAGUGAUAAAAACAAAUGUCUAUUCAAUAAAUGACUUUUAUAGAUCUUCAAUAUGUUCACUCUUUAAUAGUUCAUCUUGGAUCAUCAUAUUCUCUACCAUCUGAAUUAUUCACUUUGAAUAAGUAAGUAAAUAGAUGAAAUGAGAUGGUCAAAGAGAGAGACAAAAAAAAAUUAUAUCAUGGUUCAAUGUUCCAAUGAAUGAUCUAUUCUCCUUUCCCUUCUUUAAACCAUCUGUUUAUUAACUUCUUAUCUUUUAUUAAUUCAAUUAAUAAUUAUUCGUUUAUUUUUUGUUUGUUUUUUCUAAUUGGGUUGGUAUAUGAAUCUUUUUUCUAUUGAAGUUUAUUCAUUAGAUAACACCUUUCAAUUACUCACUAGGUGGUAAUUAAUUAUGGGCUUAUUUAACCUUUAUGACUUUACAUCAAAAAGAAAAACAAAAAAAGAAGAAGCGAAAAGAAAAUUAUUAGUAUGGGGGUUGUGGAGAUUGUUAAGUUUAUGAUUGAGAUCAUAAACCGAUUGAUGUUAAACCAUCAUUGAAAACCUGGAAGCAUUGGACGGUCGUUUCGUCCCAUUAUUACUAAUCACUUUAAUAAACAAAUUCAACUUGACAAUGUAAAUUAGAUCGCCUAAAGGCAUAAAUCAAAUACAUUAAAAACAAACACAUUUAAACAACCAUGAUGUUAUAUUGUAAUAAACAAACUUGAUAUUCUAUGAUCUGAAUAGACAACAGGUGAAACAUUAAUGAUGAUUGAAUAUGAACCAUAUUGAAUUGAAAUUCCAUUAUAUUGAAGAUUGAUCACGUGGUUGUGAUCAUAUUAUAUUUGCCUUUAGGCUUAUUAUAUAAUCAUAACUCAAUGAAAUGUCGAAUAAAAUAGAAGAAGAUGAAGAACAGGCUGCAUAAUUCAGUGUUUCAGUGUGCUGAAAUUACGCGGUUAAUGUAAUACUCCAAAUGUUGUCGCAAAUUUUCAUGAAAUCAGUUUUUGUUCUCUCGGUUUUUGUUGCGGCUACUCAAGUCAAUGUAUUUCUGCAGGUACACUCGCUUGUUUUAUGUUAUAAAAAACAAUUUUCUUCCACUUUGAUUGAUUCGUACACCAACCGCACUUAUUGGCUAAUUUUGAUUGGCCAAUACUAGACAAGUAAAUAUAAACCAAUCAUAUAACGAAUCAACAUAAGCUUAUUUGUAUAUAAAUGAACAGGAAACAGUCACUAAAAUAUCAUUUAAGAUUUACGGAACGGACUAGUCUACGUCCUCCUCUAUGAAUUACAGUGUAAAUAAUUUAGGAAAUACACAAAGAAAUUCCAUGCAACUUAAAGAUUCUGAUAAUGAUUUAUAUAAAAAUGUCAAUUUCAAUAGCAUCAAUACUGAUUCAUUAAAUUUAAUUUCAAAGAGAACUACUCCAAUAAGAUCCAGACCUCGUUUAUUGGCUAAAUUAAUCAAUAAAAGGAAACGUGAAACCAUGCAGUUACGUAAUCCUAGAAAGAAAACGAAUAAUAAAACAAAAACUGAUCAUUCAGAUUUCUUGGGUGUGGAUUCGAAUAUGUACGAUACUCAUAAUUCAGAGAACCAUACAAUUAAUACUGAUAUAUUACCUCCAGUUACAGAUGAAGAAUUACAAGAGUUACGUUUAAAUAUUAAUCAGCGUGAAAGACAAAGAAUGCAUGAUUUAAAUUUAGCCAUGGAUGGAUUGAGGUCUGUGUUACCAUACACACAAAAUUCAUCUAUGAGAAAAUUAUCUAAAAUUGCAACAUUAUUGUUGGCAAGAAAUUACAUCCUACUUCUUACAAAAAGCUUAAAUGAACUACAAGAAAAGUUAGAUAUUAUAUCGAAAAACCCUUCAGUAUGUCAAUAUGAAUCCAUAAAACCAACUAAUCCUACUGAAUAUCCCUACCCAACUGUUUCUACUGAUUCAAUAAAAUAUUUACCAAUAUUAUCUUCAAUAAACUCCUCAUUAUUUUCAUUAUCAACACCAAUUCUCUCGUCAUCAGUAGCGAAAUCAACUUCUUUGUCGCCUUGUUCUUCAACUUCAUUCAUUUAUCCAACAUCAACUAUUUCAAUGUUACAGUCAGUACCCAAUUCAUCUUUGUUUGUACCGUCUAGGAAUCAUCAGUACAGACACAAAAGUGAUGAACAAACCGGUCAAAUUUCUAUGCCUAUACAAGAUGACAAUGAUAAAAUUAAUAUUGUAUCUAAUAAUUCUAUUUAUUCAACACUAAAACCAUUAUUUUCAUUUCUUGAUCCUAAUUUAAUGAAUAAUUUAAUAAAUGAUUGUUCUUAUAAUAAAAACAAUACCAUUCUCUUUGAUACUAAUCUUAGUAACAAUCCACAUAGCAACAAUCAUAAUGAUUUAAUACUUGACAAUCAAAGUACACAUUUCAAGCAUUUUGAUUCACCUUCUCAUACUAUUUUAUCCAAUUAUCUAUCUAUAGAAAAAUUUAGUCCAUUAAAUACAAUGAAUAGUCACCUAAUAGAUCCUCAAUUAAAUUCAAUAUUUAGAUUAAAUCUUAUACCUUCAUCAAGUAUUUACUCAUCAUCUCAAUAUACUAUAUAAUAUGUAAAUAUGUAUAGGAAUCAGUAAUGUUUACCAUAUUUCUUCUUCUCCUUCAGAGAAUAAUUUUCAAAUGUACAACACAUAUGGUCCUAGAUGAAAGAAAUUCUUUCCAAACAAAGGUGGUUAAAGACUGGAUUUUACAAUACUACUGAAUAUCAAAGUGCCGAAUAACACGAAACCUGGAUUUAGGGUAUCCAGCCGACUACUUUCAAUCACCACCUCAUCUUGUAUUGUCGGUUGCUAUGUUAAGCCCACAUAACUUAUUCUAGCUUCUGAACAAGCCAAUUUAUCCAUUCUAUUUGAAUCACGUUUUGACCAUGUUAACUAUUCACUUAUCAACCUUGACUGCAUUUAUGUAAACAUAUAAGUGUUCAUUUCCUAUCUUACUCAUCACAUGUUUGUAACUUAGUUUUGUUCGGCUAUAAAUAUCCAUUAACACUUGGUUGAAUCCAGUUGGCCUUCUCCACUGUGCGCCAUUUUGUUUCACUUCUCUCUCUUCUUCUUCGCUUUCUUUGCUGCGUCUCUCUGAUUGUUUGUUCAAAAUAUACAUAUUCGAAAUCCAUUCUCGUAUUUGAUUCCGUUAUUCCCUUAUUCAUCAACACGGAUUAAGUCGAUAAUUAUACACAUGGAUAACCGACAUAUAUAUUUCAAUAACAAUCAUUCAUACGAUCGUUCUAGAGUCAGAUAUAGGAUUAACGAAAUCUUAACAUAGGGCACGCGAUCUGGUCACAUUGCAACUUGUUCGAUAAUGUUAAAUCUAUACUAAGAAAGACUUUACACACAUACACAACAUUAGUCACUACACAGUUAUCAAUGAAUUGUAAAUUUUUUUACUUGUUUCCACAUAUGUCAAGUUAAACAGUCAACUAAUAGAUCAUCAACACAUGACAUUUUAUACUCUUUUCUGGUUAACGUUUUUGUUUUCUAUCGAGUUAGUUUUUGCUAUGAGAUGAAGUCGUUAACCUCAUGUCUAACCCUCCUCCUUUAUCCGAGUUUCAAACCGUCACAAACCUCAGGAGUGCGGAGGUGGCGGCGCUCCAGGCAGAGUUAUACUUACACAAAAAUAAUUCUAACUUAUGGUUACGUCCAUUUAAACAUUUUAAAAUGAUGAAUCAAUUUAUUAAUUUUUUUUGUGUUAAACCAUAUGUUUCAUUGCUCCUAGAUAAAUCUGUAAAACAUGUUAUAAUACAAUAAAUCAAUAUUUAGUUGCCAAGAUGGGCUGCUUUUUUAGUUUUAAAAAAAAAGAAAAAAAAAUCAAAUAAUGUAAUUCAAGCUUCUUAUAAUAUGAAUGUUUUGUUAAAAAACGAAAUAUUUUUUAUAUUCUGUUAACGAGUAUGGAC